GCCAAUUAAUCCCAUAUCCUCCUCUUCCCAAAUUGUAAAAAUGUCUAAGCUUAUCUUUCGUGAAUACAUUGGUGUGAAGCCAUCCUCAACAAACUUACAUGAUUUUCCAACUGAUAUCAUCAACUCCAAAAUCUCCGAUUUCCACUUCAUUUUAGGCUUUGCCAGUGAGGGAUACGAAAAUGGAAAAGGCAACGGAAUUUUCAAAGAAGCUUGGGAUGUUGAAUUCUUUGGUCUAGAAAAAGUAAAAAAAUUGAAGGAAAAUAAUCCAAAGGUAAAAGUGGUAAUAAGUAUUGGCGGUCGUGAUGUUGAAACUCCAUUCGAUCCUGCUGAGGAAGAAAUAUGGAUUAGGCAGGCGGUAAACUCACUCAAAGCGAUCAUCCAAAAAUACAAGAAUGAUAGCAACCCAAACCGCAACUUAAUCGAUGGCAUUGACAUUAAUUAUCAACACAUCGCCGAAUCUACUACUGAAAGCCUUUUUAGCCACUGCUUAGGCGAAGUUAUAACAAAACUCAAGAGAGAUUCUGAUCUAAAUAUCGACGUGGUGUCGAUUGCUCCAUCUGAGAAAAACCAAUCCCACUACCGAAGAUUGUAUUGGGAUAACGCUAAAAUGAUCAACUGGGUUGACUACCAAUUCUACAAUCAAAUAAAAACUAUAUCCUCUCCUGCUGAAUUUGUAGAACUCUAUAAUAAUGUAGCAAAUGAAUACGGCCCUAAUAAAGUCCUUCCAGGAGUUAGCACCGACCCGGAUGACACUAAGAAUACUAAGAUUUCACGAGAGAAUUUCAUUGCUGGUUGCAUACUUCUCAAACAAAGCUCAACACUACCUGGUGUUUUUUUCUGGAAUGCUAAUGACUCUGCGGUUCCUCUUCCUGGUGGAAAAGAAGGUUUCCUCCUAGAGCGUUUCUGGCAAAGCCUUGUCACAGAAUAAGAUAAAGAGUUACUAUUGUGCUGUUUCUUUUUUUACUUACAUCAUGUUUUUUUUUUUUACUUGUAUCAAUAUAAUAAAGAUGUUAUUACAAGUUAUUAAUAAUAAAUAAGUAC